CAAUGCUGCUGCUCAUAGAGAGAGAGAGAGAGAGAGAGAGAGAGAGAGUAGCUGUUGACCCAGAGAUCUAGGGCUGCUUUGCAAGUCUAUUGAAUUCAGGGAAGAAAUCUUUAUCUUCUGCUCUUUCAAUUUCGCAUCUUUUCCAUCUGGGUAAGUUUUCCGAUUUGACUUUCUGCGUUCAAUGAUCCGCAGAUCAAUCCCAACAUUGGUUUGAAUUUUCUGUCUGCGAUUUUUAUCUUGUAAGAUGGAUAGCAAUUAUUCUUCGAUACCUAAAAGUACAUACGUAGAAUUACAGCCUCCAUCUGAUUCCCCUAACCAUUCAGACUCCCCGGGAAGUUUAUCUUUUAAUGAGGCCGGUUAUUUGAGAUCUAAGGAUGUCGAAGGAGAUGAUAUUGAUGAUGAUCUUGAAGCCGAUGUUGAUAAUUAUCCUCUUGUUGUUAGCGGGCCUAAUGGUGGUUCCGGGGUAGCCGGGGCUGUGUUCAAUCUGACUACCACGAUUAUUGGGGCGGGGAUUAUGGCCCUCCCUGCCACAAUGAAAGUUCUUGGAGUGGUUUUGGGGCUUGUGUUGAUCAUUUUGAUGGGGCUUGUGUCACAAAUUACUGUUGAAUUGUUAGUGCGAUUUUCGGUUUUGUGUAAGGCAUCGUCUUAUGGAGAGGUUGUUCAACAUGCCAUGGGAAGACCGUGGAGGAUUUUGUCUGAAAUCUGUAUCAUAUUGAACAAUGCUGGUAUGCUAAUUGUUUAUCUGAUAAUCGUGGGGGAUGUUAUGUCUGGUUCUGUUCGUCAUAUGGGGGUUUUUGAUCAAUUAAUGGGGAAUGGGGUGUGGGACCAGAGGAAGCUUGUGAUUUUGGUUGUCAUGGUUAUUUUUCUUGCACCACUUUGUUCUUUGGACAAGAUUGACUCGUUAAGCUUGACUUCAGCUGCAUCUGUGGCUCUUGCUGUUGUGUUUGUUGUGGUUGCUUUUGUUGUGGCUUUUAUUAAGCUUGUAGAGGGGAGGAUCGAUGCUCCAAGGAUGGGUCCUGAUUUUAGUUCAAAGCAGUCCAUCUUAGAUUUGCUUGUGGUGAUCCCAAUCAUGAUGAAUGCAUAUAUUUGCCAUUUUAAUGUGCAGCCAAUAUACAAUGAACUUAAAGGUAGAUCUCCUCAAAAGAUGAACCGAGUAGGAAGGAUCACCACCAUAUUAUGUAUCUUGGUAUAUGCUUCAACAGCACUAGCGGGCUAUCUACUAUUUGGGAACAAUACAGAGUCCGAUGUGCUGACUAAUUUUGAUAAGGAUCUUGGAAUUCGUUUUAGCUCAGCCCUGAACUAUAUUGUCCGGAUUGGCUACAUUCUCCAUUUGAUACUCGUUUUUCCUGUUAUCCAUUUCUCCCUGCGGCAGACAGUGGACUCAUUGGUGUUUGAGGGAUCAGCACCUCUUUCAGAGAGCAGGAAGAGAUCUCUGGGGUUGACGGCGGUUCUGUUAGUCCUCACAUAUAUUGGCUCUACCAUGAUUCCAAACAUUUGGACUGCCUUUAAGUUUACUGGGUCAACAUCGGCAGUGUCACUUGGAUUUAUUUUCCCACCUCUUAUUGCCUUGAGAUUAAGCCAUCAAGGUGGCUUGAGCCAUUCAGAAAGGUUAUUUUCAUGGUCAAUGUUGGUUCUGGCGGUGAUAGUUAGCAUAGUUGGAGUCGUUGGCAAUGUCUAUAGCAUCAAGAGUAAAUCUGACUGAAUCGUUGUUCAGGGUUGCUUUUGCCAUGAAUCGGGCAGAACUAUGGUUGUACACGAAAUGCUUAGGCAAAAAAGGUGACUCUGUUCAUUGGCUCCUAUGCGAAAUGGAUUCAAUUUGCAGACUGUAGGUGCUGAGAAGCCCCUUCAGGCUUAGCGAUUGGGGAAAUAUACUUGUUUUCCCCCUCAACCUCACUCAUGAUACUACUCAUGAUAAGAGGUGCACAUAGAGGCUUCUAAAGGUUCAUUAUCUUUAUCAUUAUGAGUAUUAUUUUUUUACCAAUUCAUUUGGCUAUUAUUUUACUCUCAUCAGAAGUAUUUGUUGCUGAUUAGUUUUCCGCGGGCAUAUCUACGAUUUAAAUAUAAUUAAUAGUUCUUUAUGCUAGUCUUAUUCUCAUGGUCAUUCUUUCACAGAAGAAUGGUUUUGUACCUAUUGUAAUUUGUAACAGAGUAUAUUGCCAGGUUUAAUAUAAACUCCGAGAUUCGUUCAGUUUAUGGCUGAAAGUAUAUGUUGAUUUACCUUUUGGCCUGGGAAAAUAUGUUGAUCUAUGAAUACAUUUUUCAAGACUGGUACUGCUUUGCUAAUCUCUAUUGGCAAAGUGUUUGAAUAGUAUAAAAUUUUCUUUAA